AUGAAGAAAACCUCUGGGAUCUCGCACGUGAUUUCCUCGGAUGGUCAGCACGCCGAUCUCGAGCUAGGCCAGCUCUGCUUUGGGGAGCGUCAGGACGUGCUAGUGGAGGUGGAGAUAAGCUCGGCACGGGAGGUGUACCGGACGCAAAGCCAAUGGUCCUACAACGGAGACCAGGAUUUAAUGGAGUCUACACUUGUGGAGAAGACGGGCACCGAUGCGUUCUUUUGGAGCCAGAUGGGUGGCGAGGCGGAUCUGGGAGGGAUGAUGAGUGAGACGGACGCGUUUACGCGGUUCUAUGAGGCCCAGUUUGAGGAGAUGAACAACGACAUGAUUCUGUUGGAGGUCAAUUGUGACGGUAUGGCCCUUGUCAAUGAUGAUGGUAGUCAAGCCUACGAGCAUGGGCACGUUCACGAAUGA